UCAGUUGAGUUGAUUCAUCUUGUGUCUUCUCUUUUCAUCAAAGAGGGAGAUAUGGGUUCCUUUGUUCUUCCAUCAUCAACACUUGUGGGGGCUCUUGUGGUGCUAUUGAGCAACUUGUGGCUCCUACCCAUAGCUGCUCAGCAUUCAGGAAUAACAAGGCACUACAAAUUCGAAAUCAAGCUGCAGAACGUGACACGGCUAUGCCACACAAAGAGUAUAGUGACUGUCAAUGGGAAGUUUCCUGGACCUCGAAUCGUUGCUAGGGAAGGUGACAGGGUACUUGUGAAGGUUGUUAACCAUGUUCAAAAUAAUAUCACCUUGCACUGGCAUGGAAUUAGACAGCUGCAGAGCGGAUGGGCAGAUGGACCGGCAUACAUUACUCAGUGCCCCAUGCAGACUGGCCAGUCCUAUGUGUACAACUUCACCAUUACAGGGCAGAGAGGAACUCUCUUCUGGCAUGCCCACAUUUCGUGGCUAAGGUCUACCCUUUACGGACCCAUUGUCAUUCUUCCCAAGCGCAAUUCCUCCUACCCCUUCGCCAAACCCUACAAGGAAGUCCCCAUCAUUUUUGGAGAAUGGUGGAACGCUGACCCUGAGGCGGUGAUCAACCAAGCAUUGCAGACGGGAGGGGGCCCCAACGUCUCUGAUGCCUAUACGAUUAACGGGUUACCCGGUCCCUUGUACAAUUGCUCCGCCAAAGAUACGUUCAAGCUGAAAGUGAAACCCGGCAAGACUUACCUCCUGCGAUUGAUCAACGCCGCACUCAAUGAUGAGCUCUUCUUCAACAUCGCCAACCACACCUUCACAGUUGUCGAUGUUGAUGCAGUCUACGUAAAACCCUUGGACACUGACACACUUGUCAUCGCACCAGGACAGACCACCAAUGUCCUUCUCAAGACCAAGCCCCACUUCCCCAAUGCCACCUUCCUCAUGGCUGCCAGGCCAUAUCUAACCGGCCUUGGUACAUUCGACAACUCCACCACUGCUGGAAUCCUCGAGUAUGAGCCCUCCGAUUCCUCUCUCUCCAUCAAUUCUUCAAUCAAGAAGCUUCAGCUCUUCAAACCAGUCCUCCCUGUCCUCAAUGACACUUCCUUCGUCGCCAAUUUUACAAACAGAUUGCGCAGCUUGGCCACAGCUGAAUUUCCUGCUAACGUCCCCCAGACCGUUGACAAGCAGUUCUUCUUCACGGUGGGGCUCGGGACAAGCCCAUGCCCUCAGAACCAAACCUGCCAAGGUCCCAAUGGCACUAAGUUCUCCGCUUCUGUGAACAAUGUCUCCUUCGCAAUGCCCACCACAGCUCUCCUCCAAGCCCAUUUCCUCGGCCAGGCCAAUGGUGUUUACACCACUGAUUUCCCAACGAACCCACCACUCCACUUCAAUUACACCGGCACUCCACCAAACAACACACUAGUGACCAAUGGCACUAAAGUUGUGGUGUUGCCGUUCAACACCAGCGUAGAGCUAGUGAUGCAGGACACAAGCAUUCUUGGUGCAGAAAGCCACCCUCUCCACCUCCACGGCUUCAACUUCUUCGUAGUUGGCCAGGGCUUUGGCAACUUUGAUCCCAACAAGGACCCUGCCAACUUCAAUCUUGUGGAUCCCGUGGAAAGAAACACCGUCGGCGUGCCGUCUGGUGGAUGGGUUGCUAUUCGCUUCUUCGCUGACAAUCCAGGGGUCUGGUUCAUGCACUGCCACCUCGAGGUCCAUACGAGUUGGGGUUUGAAGAUGGCAUGGGUCGUGAUGGAUGGGAAGCUCCCAAAUCAGAAACUACCGCCUCCGCCGUUUGAUCUUCCCAAAUGUUAACGUUGAUUAAUUGUUUGAUUGUUCGGAUUCGUUCUUGAUUUUUUGACUCGAUCUGAGUGCAUGUACCGGUUUAACUUAUUCAUCGUUUGUUUGUUUUUCCCUUUUCCCUUUUCCCUUUUCCCUUUUCCAUUGUAUUGUGUUGGAAUAUUGCUCCUCCUUUUCCCUAGUAACAGAGGAGCAAACGUUUUAACCAACACCUAUUGUAGUUUGUUCAUUUAUUUUUCCUGCCUCCCGCAAAUAAGUAGAAAAGAAGGGGCCAAAGAAUUGGUGGUGAAGUUUUUCUGGUUUUGUAACGUUGAAAAGAAGACUGAUAUGUUUUUUGAGAAGCUUCUGCAAUAACAUCAAUAAUAUUGAAGUCUAAUCUACGA